ACCACCGUAAGAAGAACUACCCCCACGUUCACGCCCCGCUCAAACUCGGUUCCAAGUCGAUGAAACGCAACCGCCAGCAGCAACAACAUCCGCAGCCUCGAUCGCGUCAGUCGUCUGCAGGAGACUCUGGCACUGCCCCCAAUGCUGUAACCCCGCCGCUUUCAUCUAGAUCCACCCCUGUAGAGACAAGGUCUGCGCAAGCGCGGCCCGCACAGCAGCUGCCGCCGCCUCUCGAUAACCCCCUCUCCGAAGAACUCACGUCGCCGCCCAAGUCGGGAGCUGACUCUGAUACAGGUCCCCUAAACUCCUUGAUUCUCCAAGAAGAAUCAGAUGGCGGUGGCAAUAGCUCAGAAUCUGAGUAUGUGCUAUCAGACCCUUGCACAUACCUCACUAACGUCGAACACCAAGAAGAGGAAGACUUCUCGCCGACCAGAAAAGUGUCAUUCCUCAACAAUGAGAAUACGGACCAGUUCGAUCUUGAUGGACUGAAAAAUAAGAAACGAAGGUAAGUGUUUACUGUUCGUUAACGUACCCGAAUACCCAAGCAUCAUAAGGAAUGUAUUUGUCAAAACUAAAAUUCCACGACCUGGCUUACCGGGUCAUAGCUCAGACCGG